GGCGGUUCCUUCGCCUUUUGCGUUGCUACGUGAAGGUUACAUGUGUAUUUCCAGAACCAUACUAUUACCAUGUGACGGGAAUAAUUGGAAGGAUAUAAAACACAUACUUACACGUAUAAUUGAAGAAAAAAUAUGCUUGUCCGAGUCUUUGCGUUUAUUAGACGUCGUUAGGAACUUGUUUUAUGGCUCCACUGACCAAAAUGAGCUUACAGGCAACAUUUUGCCUGUUCACAACGCAAACGUUGGCCUGGGGAAUUUUGUUUACCUUUGUAUGCAUCAAAAAGAGAGGAAACACUUCGAGUCACAUGUAUUCCCCUUUAUUAUCAACUGUAUAGUGAUUAGUGAGCAGUUUGCGUUUGAAUAUAGGUCUUUACAAAGUCUUCAGAAUCAAAAAUGUUGUACGUUACUGCCUUAUGACCUCGCGUCUUCCAUCAUUGCGAGUUCGCUCCUUUGCCUUUUGCCUCUAAACCCUUUAUCCAACCAGUGGCUAGAUGAUGUCAACUUUACAUACGUGCUUCUAAAUAUUUUAAAUAGACAAGUUGCGGUGUGUAAUUUCCUAUCUCGACUACUGUCGAUCUUCUAAGCUACUAUCUCUAAAAGGCCUUGUAAUAUCACGUCGUGUCUGGUCACAUUUGGAUAUGCUGAAAUGCCUGUCAACAGAUCUUGCAACAAAUCAUGACUUCGGGCCAACGUAUGGUCGUUUGGUGAACGCCCUAUCAUCUACUCGCCUUCCGUGUUUAUUAGUUGACAACACAUUAACAAGUGAUCAAAUGGCCUUCAAGGCACAUCUUCCAGUGGUUCAUUUUAUGGGUUCUCGUGUAGGAGGGCAAUUAUUGAGUGGGGGCAUAUCACAAACUGAGCAUUUGUUCUCAAAAUACCCAGAUCUAAUCGCUGUCAUUCCCUUAUGUCCUCGUUUGGGAGAUGGUGAAACUCUGUGGGUGGACCAUGUCCGAGGACCGUUCCUACCUCAAGCUCUUGAGCUUUCUGUGAAAACUGGCUAUCUUUUUGAAAAAGCUGUUAAUUGGAGUCGCUUUAUUUUGUUAAACAGCAGUCAGUAUCCUGCAUGGAUGUCUGAAGUUCAAUAUUCUGCGCAAUGUUUGGUCAGAGAGAUUAUUCUAGUCUCCUCCGGCCUCUUUCCGAACGAAUUAAGGUAUAAUAGUGACCUUAUUCGCCCCAGUCUUUUCAGUCCUUUAUGGUGGGAUUAUCUUACUUCCAAACCAGAUGUCCAAUCCCGGUAUGUAACGAAUAGAUCAAUACAACCAAGUAAUCCAUCAAUUUACCCCCGUAAUACUGAAAUGAAAUGGAUACAGACUAAUUCCACUAGUGCUAUGUUAAAAUUUGUUGAUAAAUUCAUUUGCGAAGUUAUGUGUGAUAUUCAAAAUGCCAUAAAAAUGAUCCAAGUCAAUAAAUCAUCUCGUUGUAAUGUAAAGAAAACUGAUUCAUUAUCACAAAGAUCUCAGAAUGCGUAUGAACAUGAAUCAUCAGUCCAGUCCAAUUUGAAUGUAAUAAACUCUCCAUUAAAUACAAGCAAAAUAAAUAACAGACUAUGCAAUAAUGUUGGUCGAUUUGCCACAAAUCGUCCUGAUUCUGGAAAUGUAACCACCUCCAAUUGUUUACCUCAAGCCAACUGUUCUGAACAUGCGGAAGGUGAUACACCAGUUGUUUAUCAUUGUGCUGAUAACUUAGUAGAAGGACCUGUAAAAUAUAGCCAACAGUUAUCCGUUUUACAUACUCAUCAUUUGUAUACAUAUGUUGAUAAACUAAUUUCUAAUGCAUUCCAAAAUGCCAACAAAUUAAUGAGUUGGUCGAAUCUAAUGUCUAAGCAAAUACUUGAUGGAGUCAAAUAUUCAUGUAUGUCCCGUAAUCAUAAUAAUGGAUCAAAUAUGAUGAAGUCAAUGAUCAGUGAUAUAGCUGUUGAAUUUAAUAAAACAAAUUCUCUCACUAAUGCUGCCGAUAACCGGUUACAUGAAGAUGACUAUAUAGAUGAAAAAUCUCCACAACAUCAAAUAAAUCAACAGAAUGGUUCUUUCGAUUGUGAAGAGAGAUGUCCCACAGACUAUCUAGAUGAAAACCAGUCCCAUCAAAUCCUAAAUAAGUGUCCAUCUCCAGAGUUGUUUCAUAUAUUUUCAACAAAUAAUUCUUCAUUAGUUAAGGUAAUUUCGUUUGCAAACAAUUACUUAAAAUUUCUAUCUAUUUCACUCUAAAUGGGUUAAACUAUAAACUAGAGACCAUUAUGACUGUAUCCCGAAUGUGGCUACUACCUUGAUGGGGAGGUUAGAUUUGGCUAUCAUGAUGACGCGACCGAGCUAUAUUGGCUGAAACACAUGUUCCUUAAGGUCUACCAUGCCAGUCAGGUCGGUUGGAGAACAGUAGGACUAAAAUCAGCAACUUAAAGCUCGAAGGCGAAGUCGUACUUCUGACUGUAGAGGGGUGCGACAUCAGUAAGGUGUUUCCCUUGGACAACCAGGAUCUACAGAGAUGCUGUCUUCUCACAACGGAAGGAAAAGGUUAAAAAAAGUUCGAACCUAAAAAAUUUGUACCUCACCUUACCCCGCGGAUUUCCACCUCUGGCGACAAAGCUUUUCGAAAUGCGAAGCUAACACAUCAAAACUUUUCCAUAAAAAGGCUUUGGGUGAUCCACAGUCACGCUCCUAGGUCCCUAAGACUACCACUAAUUCAGCUUCUUUUUCAAGAUCAAUAAUAUAUAUCAUCCCACUGUCUGGACAACCGGGAAGCGACAACCUCCCUCAGUGGAUUUCAUUGGCGUCUACAGAACUGAUAGAAUUUCAAAAACUCAUCCCAUCUGGCGGGAGGGUAAUCUCAUCUAAUUGGUCUUGAUCGCUGAUCGCCCUAGUUCCUAGGAAAGGGCAAAAAUCCUCUUGUGACAAUCACAGAGGACCCAGUUUAACUAAUAAAGUCUCUAAAAUAUUAGCCUCAAUAAUACUUUGACGUCCAACUAGAGCUCGUGAAGACUGAACCUAAGAAAAGCAAGCUAAUUUCAGACCUGGGUGUGGACAUACAGACCAAAUCUUCACUUAUCUUCAGGUUCUGGAACAUAGACAUAAUUUUCGACCUCCGACUGUAGUUGUAUCCCUUGAUACUACGGCGGUAUUUGACUCCGCUGAUCAUGAAGUUUCGUGUCAGUGUCUGUCAUUGAAAGGCGUGUCUAAGCAUUACAUUAACCUUGUACAGGAUCUCUAUUCGAACACUACUGACCGAGUCAGAGCUUACGGCAAACUUGGUUACUUCAAGUAGCAAUCGUCAAGGUUGCCCGCUUUCCCUAUAUUUAUUUGACUGUAUCGUAGGUAUGCUUUUAGAGAUAACACGUUCAUCGUCUGACAUUCCAGAGAUUCACUUGUUGACUUGGAAUACGCGGAUGAUAUAGUUUUGCUUGGUGAAAAUGCUGACAAAAUGCAGUUUUAUAAUCACCUUAAGCAACAACACAACCAUGUUUGGGAUGAGGUUUUCUCCCUUCAAAAGUAAAAUGGUACUUCAGGAUUGGCUUGCAUCAUCGUUAUAGGGAGUGAAGUGGUUGAACGCAUCGACCGCCUCACUUAAUUUGGUAGUCUUAUCAGUCCUGAUGGUCGGAUGUUUGAAGAAAUCUCGAUACGGAUUCAGAAGGCUCUAUUGGCCUUUGCCAACUCGCGUCACAUGCAGCGUAGAUGAGAUAUCUGUCUCCCAAGUAAAGGAUGAGUUUACUGUGCAGCACUUCGCUCUGUUCUACUUCAUGGAUGUUAAGCAUGGCUAUUAAGAAUAGAGGAUAUUCAUGGGUUACUAGUAUUUGAUCAUAUGUGGUUUCGAAGUAUUGCUCGUGUAUUUUGGGACUACUGAGUAAGGAAUGCCUGGGUUAGGUAUAGAAUACUAAGUGAGGAUGUGAAAUCAAUUGUUGAGGUAGUAAAUCUUCAUCAACUAAGGUGGUUGGGAACAUGCUUUACGUAUGCCCAACCACCGCCCACCUCGGCAGGUGAUGUUUCCUGGUGUAGGAGUAGGCUGGAAAAAAGCUAGGGGUGGCCAGACGGAAACAUGGAAUUAGUCCAUGAAGUCACUGACAAUUGGAUUUAGCCAUGUUAACAGGUAUAGACUAUCUGGUUGGGAAUCCGCGUACUUAUCAUAAACAAUGGUUAGGAACUUUAAAUGACAUUGCUCAGAAUCGUUUGCAAUAACGCAGGCUCAUCCAUUCUUUGUCUUCCCCCAAAUUAUGAGAUUCUAAAUUUCCCAUAACUUUUCUUGUUUUUAUUUCACUUAUUUAUAUUUUCUUCUCGAAUCCUUCUUAUUACGGCUGAUACUGCUUCUACCUCUCCAAUUCUGGGAUUUGGCCUGACAAUUUCAUCUCUCCGUGCUAAUGGGGUGUAGCAGCUUGAACUGAUGUGCAGAAGUACAGGUUCUACGUUGUGACUGACUGAUUACGACUGUAUACGUGCUCAUAAUCUUGUAUAUGUUUUUUUGAGUAUAUCCAAGUGUUGGUAGUAUAAUAUAAUAAUUUAUUUAGCAACUAGCGGCACGCUUACAACAAUCAAUCGAGUAUGACUAGACAGAAAAAUAAUAGUUGUAUCUGCCCAGCAAAUAGAGCCUGGGCCAACUCACAUUUUUACGGUGAUAGUGACUGACUGAGUCGUAAUAAUUAUUUUGACUAAUAUAAAAAAAUGAUGCUUAUCAUUUAUCUAGCAAUCGUAUAGAAAGGACUAGUUACACUUGAAAUAACACAGAAGCAAUGGAUUUAACGGAUGCCUCAAUCAACACAUAUUUCACUUGAAUAAAUGCCAGUAGAGAUUAUUCUUAAAGUUUUCUCUUGAUUACCUCAAAUGACUGUGUAUACUCUCCUAUCUUUACAACCACAACAAAACUAAUAGACUUUUAACUAGUGUUAACUUUAAUAUUGACACAACAACAACAAUUAACAAUUGGGUUAUUCUUCGUGACUUAGAAUAAUUGUUUCUCCGAAUCUAGUUAGUGGUAAGAUUUUUGUACUUUACACAUUUUCUCACUGUAUCUUCAUACUGUAUUUAAGCAUGUCUUGUUAUAUGAUAUGCUUUAUUGAGAUUGUAAAGCGAUCUAAGUUAGACAACCACUGAAAGGACUGAGCGGCCGUUUUGUCCUAACGUGAAACUCCUCAUAAACAUGCAUGUACGACCCCGUAGGGAUCAAAUCCAAGACCUUCAGCCUCGCAGCGUAUGCUUAAUCUCUAGACUACCAAAGCAGGACCUAAUGGUGUACAAGUUUAACUUCAAUCCAUGAUAUUGCCAGCUGCUCAGUGCUUCCGGGUUUUCAAUAGUUGUCUAACAUAGAUCAUUUCGUGAUCUCGGUAAAAUUUAACAUUCUCCACAACCCUAUACUGGUACAAUACAUUAUCUAUGGAUUUGAAGGCGCUUUAUUUAAACUGGCUUAAUUUGUAUAUCUUAUUCGUCACAGAUUGGGUGCACAUUGUUGAGGAGUCCCAUACUAGGACGAAACAACUAUUUAGGGGUUCCUGGCUUCCUAUAGUACCAAAACUGAGAUGAUUCUGUGACAGAUACAAAUUGCAUUGCUUAUUUCAUUAAUUAUUGUUCAACAGCUAUCAAAAUAUAACGUGCAUAAGUAAACUGUUGGUUAGUCAAUUUAACUUCAUUUCUAGCAUAUUAAUAUGCAUCAGUCUCAACUUCAUUAACUAAAAUACAUAAAACCUUCAAUAAUAAUAUUAAUAUUUGUAACUUAAGACUAUUUCCAAAUAAUACGAAGUCUUAAAACAAGGAUGAAAUCUUUUUAUUCUGUAAGUUUUGUCGUUCUCGCCUCAUCUAAAUUUAUCAAGGGGAAUAGUUUGUAUUAAAACACCAAAUCAUAUAUUUUAUGGCAUACCAUUAUAAUCCCGUAAGUACCCUAGGAUCAUUCGUGCUUUAUUUGUACAUUCGAUCAAUUAUAUAUUGAUCAAAAUGACUAUACUGUUAUUGUUCCCUUUGCUUUUCUGUAGAUAGUAGUGCUAUUCAUUUUAGAAAAAUCAACGUAUUUAUGUUAUUCACAUUAAAAAGAUCUGUCGAAAACUGUUUUCACUUUUGAGUGGGAAGUUAAUUUUGCUUGUUAAUUAGAGUUCCAACCAACCAUUGCUGAUUGAUCUCUGACGAAAUAUAUGCUUGGUACAAACAGGAUAUCUUAGUAUUACCCAGACUGUGCUAUGUGUAACACCGAAAACAUGAUCAAUUGUGUCAGCCAAAGAGUAUGCUGCUUAUCAGUUUUCUCAAACCUGACCUACAACCGUAAAACAUGACUUUAAGUGAAAAACAUGAAAAAGUUCCAACUAUUAAUUGGUGCCUACUCCCUGCUACUAUCGAAACGUUAUUCAUGUAUGAUGAAGCAAAUUUUAAUUUUAACUAUCGGGUUUACCGUAAUAUAUAUAAACCAUGUCGAUAAAUUCCUUCGAAUAGCCCUGACAAAGUGAUGAAAAUUUUAUUAUGUUUAUUGAAUAAUACUAUUCUAACUACCUUUCAUUCUUUCAGGAUACUAAUGAACAAUACAUCAAGAAACAUUCGAUUAAAUACUCAGAUCAAUUGAUAUCAAGUUGUAUAAAUUCCGAAAAACUCCUGUCUAUACAACCAAACUCCAUUAUGAAUGGUUUACCUCAUGUUUUCAUUUCAGAAAAACUCUUCGAAUUUUCAAAUAGUAUAGCUGUACAAUGUCUUAUUUCAGCAUUCGGGGAAAUUUACAUCCAAAGAUUGUCUUAUCAUUUGAAUCAAAAUCCUUCAAUGAAUACAACUGACUUUAUCAUCAGCAACAAUAAUCAAGAUCCAUCGGAAUUAAAUCAAUACAAUCAUUCGAACAUACGACCUCCAGGUUUAAUAUUAGACUGUGGGCUAGAAGAAUAUUCCUCCAACUAUUACGCAGAUCCACAACUACGUAUUUUAAUCCAAUGGAUAUCAGCUACACUAGUUUAUAAUUCUCCUUGUUCUAAAUUGAGUUAUUUAGGUAGUAAAAUAAAUUCAUUUCCAGAUGAUAAAAAUAAUGAUAAUAGUGAUUUAAACAAAGAAUUAAAAGAUUUCAAAGAUGAAAUUUCCAUGGAACACUCGUGUUCACCUUUGGUUUGUUGUACAAAUGGCAAUUCACAAUUAAAAGAGCUUCAAACAGUUGUUUCAUUGGUAUACAAAGCUUCAUGGACUGCUAAAGAUUUAUUUUGUGCCAUAUUGGAUUAUUUUCAUUAUAGAUCUGAGCAUUUAAAACAUUCAAAUAAUAAUAAUGAUAGUUUUACUCAAUUACAAAAGAAUAAUCAUGAUACUUCAACUUGUUUCAAUUUUCAAACUAUAUCAACAUCAGAAGAAAAAUCCAAGAGAACCGUUUUAUCUUUAUUUGAUUAUCUCAUUCAACAGUUUCACAAUGUUCAAUAAAUGUUCUUGUAUCGAGUAAUUGGAAGAAAGAGGAUUAAUCACAAUCAAUGUAAUUAUCCUAAAAUCAAGUAGUUGCUACGUUGCAUAAUAUAUAAAGAACGAUAGAAGAAGGAACUAAGAGAAUAUUUUCUGAUGAAUGGUCAGUAUCAUAUUCAUAUAUGUAUAAGUGUAAAGUUAUGAUAGAAAACUGAAUGAAAAGAAAUUUCUUCAUUCACUUCGUUCCAUUUUUAUUUGUCAAAUGUCAAAAUGAGAAUCUUCACUAGAUUAAAAAGAGAAAAAAAGUUUUUUCUUCUCUUUGAACAUAUUGAAUGUGUACAGAUUUCUGAAUAAACUUUAAAAGAUUAUUGAAAAAAAAGAAACAAACUAUGGUUAUUUUCAUUUGUUUAUUCAUGUUAAUGAAUUAAUUCUAAUAUUCAUUUUGAUAUGAAUUAUUAUUAUGAUUAAUUUAAUGAGAAGAUUAAUUAAUUAAUUUUUAUUCAUUUUAUUAAAUUUUAUUAUUUAUUUAUUCAUUUUAACACAUAGAUAUUGGUACAAGGAGGCACCAAAUACAUAUACGCCAAACAGAUCUCAUUUGAUAUGUGUGAGGGCCGUGAUACUGCCCGGGUUUUUAAACCGAAGCAAGUGGUUUUCUUAGGGGGGCCACACCCGGAGCUUUCGACCUACAGGUCUGAUCCAUAAGGUAAUGGAGCAACGUAAGGAGAUGCAGUCCCAUGGUAGCCGGUGACCAACAAUUGGUUCAUACGCCAUUUGUUCCUUCGGGAUACUGAAGCCCAUAUGCACCAUUGGUUUGGAAUCAGGGUUUUCCAACUCCCUUAGGUGGUCUCUCCAUGUCCAUCAACAACCGGGUUAAAGCGUUGGACAUUCGCUUUUCAUCCUCUCAAUUUCGUAAACAACACCCCCGCCACGAGAAGGCAGUGAGUAGGACUUCCCUGGCAGGGGUUAUAUACGCGUGGCCAUGUGAGAGCAUUUCGAGAGGGAGAGCGGACUCUCCCUAACCUCGGACGUACCAGGGCAUUUGGGGGCCAUUUUAUUAAAUAGUCUCAUAUAAAUCAUUUAAUGUUCUUUUUUUUUAAAAGUAAUCAGUCAGUCUGUUAGUAACAACGUUAAACUUCAUACGUACGUACAUACAUCAGUUGGAGUUUUAAAAAAGUAAUAAUGUUUAAUUAAUAAAUUGGUUACAAAUUGGUUACCGGCCAUGUUUAUGGCAGCGAAACAUGGUCGGUAAGAGUAGAGGAUAUUCGUAGGUUACUAGUAAUUGAUCAUAGGUGUCUUCGAAAUAUUCCUCAUAUAUCCUUGGACCAUCGAGUAAGUAACGAAGUUGUUAGGAAACGGGUACUAGGUAAGGAUGGCAAAUCAAUUGAUGACGUAGUGAAACUUCAUCAGUUGAGAUGGCUGGGACACGUGUUACGUAUGCCCAACCACCGACUGCCUCGAUGUGCGAUGUUCAAUGGUAUAGGAGUAGAUUGAAAGGAAGCUAGGGGCGGGCAGACCAAAACAUGGCACAAGUCCAUGAGCCACUGACAAGUGAACUGAGUCAUGUUGGUAGGUGUAGACUACAUGGUUGGGGACCGCAAGAUGAUAGGAACCGAUGGUUAGAGACCCUGAAUGACACGACUCAAAAUUGUUUGCAAUGGCGCAGGUGCAUCCACUCUCUGUGUUCUCCCAAAUUCUAAUCUUCUGAAUUCUUCAUGUCCCUUUUUUCCUCUUUCCAAAUUUAUUUCACUGGAUUAUACUCUUUAAAUAACAUCGAACCCUAAUCUAUCCGAUUACUGCUUAUACUCUUAUUACCUCUACCACUACGGGAUUUGAAUCGACAACUGCAUCUCUGUGCUAAUGUGGUAUGGCAACUCGAACUGAUGUAUGUACAUACGAAGUUCUACGUUGUUACUGACUGACUUACAAAAUAAGUUAGAUUCUUAAUGGGAAAAAAAACAGAUUAUCGAUUUCAAUUUGAAGAGAAUAGAUGGUCUGUGUUAAUCUCGACAAUGAUGAUCUGUCAAUUGAUUUAACUUUCUUUUGAAAGAGUCAAUAAAUGGAGCUUAAAUCACAUGUUGAGGUAAUGAAUCCCAUUUGUUGAUGAUUCGAUUGGGAAAAUCGAUAGCUGAUAAGUAAUUUGUUCUGGGCUUGUGAACUUGUUUUUCUUUUAAUGUCCUCUUAAAUUGUCUGUUUUGGUAGACAAGAAAAAUGAGGGCAUAUGAGAUGUAAAUUUAUCAUUAAAUAAUUUGAAAACUGUAAUCAAGUCCCUUCUGGUUCUUCAAUAUAACAAUGGAAAUAAGUUUAGUUUAGCCAGUCA